AUGCGAAGAGACAUCGGCAACGGAUCUACCACCGCCCAUAACAGCGCCACCCGCCCUGAUGCCGAGUACUACGCCGAGAUCCUCGUCGGAACCCCCCCUCAGACAAUCAACUUGCUGUUCGAUACCGGAUCCAGUGACCUGUGGCUCUUUGGCGCCGACGUUCGUGGGUCUAUUGAUGCGGGUCAGCAGAAAUGGAACCAAGCUGCCAGCAGCACGGCUAAGCUAAUCAAGAAUGGCAAGUGGUCCAUCAAUUAUGCAGACGGAUCAGGCGGCAAGGGUACCAUCUACAGCGAUACCAUCUCUGUUGCAGGUGUGAAGGUCGACGGCCAAGGUGUCGAAUAUGCCACAGACGUCUAUCCUAUGAGCAACGGUGGUAAUAUUCUCGGCAGCCCCGUCUCUGGUAUUGUAGGCUUCGGUUUUGACAGCAUUAACUCUGCUUCACCCAAGCAGCAGACCCUCUUCUCCAACAUGAAGAGGCAUCUUACGAAGCCUCUUUUCACUGUAGACCUGAAACACAAAGCCGAUGGAACUUUUGGCUUCGGCUUCAUUGAAGACUCCAGAUAUACUGGCAAUAUCACCUAUUCCAACGUCGACUCCAGCGGCGGCUUCUGGCGCUGGACCUCCAACGGCUAUGCCGUUGGCGACGGCGAUUUUGUGUCUUUGAACAUGACGGGCAUCACCGAUACUGGCGGCUCAAGACUCAAGGUCCCUACCGAGGCAUUUAACGCCUACACCAGCGCAAUCGCUAACUACACUGACUCCUUUGCCUGCGACACCAAGCUGCCCGACUUUUAUUUCGGAGCCGGUGGCGACACCAAGAUCAAGGUCGAUGGUGAAUACAUUAAGGAAAAGUAUGAUGAUGGAACCUGCGGUCUGAAAAUGGGAGACGGUGGCAACAGUGCCACCUUUGGCUCUCCUGCUAUGGCUGGUGCAUUUGUCGUUUUUGAGAACGGUGACGAUGGACCUCGCAUUGGCUGGGCCAUCUCCAAAUAA